AUGGUUGGUGUUAAUGUUUCAAAAAAGACGAGAUUGUCUGAUUUAAUAAAUUAUCGUGUCAAAGUCAUCACCCUUGAUUCACGUCAAUUUAUUGGUGAACUUUUAUCAUUUGAUAAACAUUAUAAUUUGGUGUUGGCAAAUACAGAAGAAUUUAGACUUACAAAGAAAUCAUUAUUAUCAUUAAAAGAUAGAGCAAGAAAUAAAUCAGAUGAACCUGAAUCAAAUCUAAUACAAGAACAGAAAAGAAUAUUAGGAUUAGUUAUAUUGAGAGGUGAACAUGUGAUAUCUGUUACAAUUGAAGCACCACCUGCAAAUCAAAAAUCAAGAUUAAGCGUGAAGCAAGGUUCUGGUGUUAUAAAACCAUUGAAAAACAACAACACAAAGAGCACUGGCCAAAGUUUGACAGCCCCUGUGCGUACACAAAGUACUCCAGGAUUUUCAGGAGCUCCUAAAGGUUUCAAUCCACCACCAGGGUUCAAGAGAUGA